AUGCCAACCCUUGAUCCGACCGCUUGGACAACACGAAGAUACCCGCUCUUGAUUUCCUCCUGGAUAAUAUGUCGUGCAUUCUCAUUCCCAGAAGGUAUUCUGAAUGAUCAGGAGCCUCGUUCUCAGAAGUUGGUGACAUGCCAUGCAUGUCCCACCGUGGGUUGCAAAACAAACGCCAAUGCCGGGGUAGAUGUCAUUUUGCAGACGGUAUGCAAACGAUUCAACCUCUCUGCCACAAGAAGUGAAAAUGUCCGGGGAAACAUCUGCUCGCCCAAAGUGUUCAGGUGGAGAACAGAAUGUAGUGCCUGUCGCUAUACUUUCAGCCGUCAGUUGCGUCACCCGAACCUGUACGAACCAUGUGCCCCUGCUGCUCGGAGAGUAGUGCCGAACACCUUCUGUCAAAGAGUGUGUUGCUCUAUUUCCGUAUAUGAUUACCUUCAGCCAUUUGCCUUUUCGGUGGACGCGCCAUACAAAGCAACAUGA